AUGAAGGCGACAGAUGAGUAUCAAAUCUUACAUCACUGUAUCAGAAAAGGUCAAGGUGUCUUUACUGUCACUCUCACCACAUGUGCUUCCAACAUAGCAGAGGAGGUAGCAGAAUAUGCUGAUGUGGCAAAAAGUAUCAUUGAGCUGGCUGUGUUUGGAGCUGCCCAGAACCGCUCUUACAGCCGGCUGGCUGACUUUACAGACACUAUAGGGAGCCGGGUCAGUGGCUCCCAGAACUUGGAUAUGGCUAUUAAAUACAUGUUCAAUGCAAUGAGAAAGGACAGCCUGGAUGUACAUCUGGAACCAGUAAAAAUUCCCCACUGGGUAAGAGGUAAGGAGAGUGCAGAGAUGAUUGCGCCCCGGAACAAAAGCCUGGCUAUACUUGGACUGGGCAGCAGUGUAGGAACACCUCCUGAGGGUAUUGAGGCAGAGGUUCUGGUGGUUCAGUCUUUUGAUGAGCUGAAGCGUAGAGCCAGUGAGGCCACCGGGAAGAUUGUGGUUUUUAACCAGCCUUUUGUCGGCUACGGCGAGACUGUGGCUUACCGUGCUUAUGGUGCUUCAGAAGCAGUCAAACUGGGAGCUGUGGCCACACUCAUUAGAUCUGUCACUCCGUUCUCGAUUAACAGCCCCCACACAGGUUGGCAGGACUACCAAGAUGGAGUCAAGCGCAUUCCGACAGCCUGCAUCACCAUGGAGGAUGCAGAGAUGAUGUGGCGCAUGGCCCAACGGAAACAGAAGAUCGUGGUCAGACUCAAAAUGGACGCCAAGACCUUCCCAAAUGUUGACUCUUUUAAUACGGUAGCUGAGAUAAGAGGCUGGCAGCACCCUGAGCAGGUUGUCUUGUUGAGCGGCCAUUUGGACAGCUGGGAUGUGGGCCAGGGUGCCAUGGAUGAUGGAGGCGGAGCCAUGAUUUCCUGGGAGGCCCUGUCUCUUAUCAAGGACCUAGGUUUGCGCCCAAGAAGAACUUUGCGGACGGUGCUGUGGACAGCUGAGGAGCAGGGGGGAGUCGGAGCACAGCAGUACUUUAAUCUACACAAGGUGAACGUGUCCAACUUUGACCUCGUCAUGGAGUCUGACAUGGGGACAUUCGCCCCAGUUGGUCUGCAGUUUACUGGCAGUCGUGCAGCACAAAAGGUGAUGGAAGAAGUGGUCAAACUUUUAGCCCCCAUUAAUACGACCAAACUGGAGAUGAAUGGGGAGGGGACAGACAUCUCACUGUGGAUGCAGGCUGGAGUACCAGGGGCCAGCCUUCACGUGGCAGACAGUCGUUACUUUUGGUUCCACCACAGUGAGGGGGACACCAUGACGGUUCAGAACCCUCGAGACAUGGACCUCUGCUCGGCAUUAUGGGCCGUCGUUGCAUAUGUGGUGGCUGACCUGCAGGACAUGCUGCCAAGAUAGCAU